UGCAGGAUGGAGCCACGUACAAACAUCAACUUGCGAUCGAUCGAUCGAUCAGAACCACAUCAGACAUCACUGAUCACUUCCCCUAACAUGGACAAGGCAUAUAUUGCCGUCCUCUCCUUCGUCUUCCUCUUCUUGCUCCGCUACCUCGUGGGCCGCGCCGGCGGUGGCGGCAAGGGUGCGCAGCAGCUGCCGCCGAGCCCUCCGGCUGUCCCGUUCCUCGGCUACCUCCACCUCGUCAAGACGCCGUUCCACGCGGCGCUGACCAGCCUCGCCGCGCGCCACGGCCCUGUCUUCUCCAUGCGCAUGGGGUCCCGCCGCGCCGUGAUCGUGUCCUCGCCGGAGUGCGCCAGGGAGUGUUUCACGGAGCACGACGUGGCCUUUGCGAACCGCCCGCGGUUCGCCUCCCAGCAGCUUAUCUCCUUCGACGGCGCCAUGCUUUCCACAUCCAGCUACGGCCCUUACUGGCGCCACCUCCGCCGCGUCGCCACCCUGCAACUCCUCUCCGCGCACCGCGUCGGCUGCAUGACCGGCACCAUCUCCGCCGAGGUGCGCGCCAUGGUGCGGAGGAUGAACCGCGCCGCCGCGGUCACCCCAGGCAGCGCCGCGCGCAUCCAGCUGAAGCGGAGGCUGUUCGAGCUCUCCCUCAGCGUCCUGAUGGAGACCAUCGCGCAGACCAAGACGUCUCGCACCGAGGCGAACGCUGACACGGACAUGUCACCGGAGGCGCACGAGUUCAAGCAGAUCGUCGACGAGAUCGUGCCGUACCUCGGCACGGCCAACCGGUGGGACUACCUGCCGAUGCUGCGCUUGUUCGAUGUGUUCGGCGUGAGGAACAAGAUCCUAGCCGCGGUGAGCAGAAGGGACACAUUCCUGCGGCGGCUCAUCGACGCGGAGCGGCGGAGGCUAGACGACGGCAGUGAGAGCGAGAAUAAGAGCGUGAUCGCCGUGCUGCUCACUUUGCAAAAGUCAGAGCCGGAGGUCUACACCGACACCAUGAUCAUGUCUCUGUGCGCGAACUUAUUCGGCGCCGGGACGGAGACCACGUCGACCACGACAGAAUGGGCUAUGUCUCUCCUGCUCAACCACCCGGAGGCGCUCAAGAAGGCGCAGGCCGAGAUCGACGCGUCCGUGGGAACCUCCCGCCUGCUCACCGCGGACGACGUGCCCCGCCUCGGCUACCUCCACUGCGUCAUCAACGAGACGCUCCGGCUCUACCCGGCCGCGCCGCUGCUGCUGCCGCACGAGUCCUCCACGGACUGCAAGGUCGGCGGCUACGACGUGCCCCGCGGCACGAUGCUGCUUGUGAACGUGUACGCCAUCCACAGGGACCCCGCGGUGUGGGAUGACCCGGGUACGUUCAGGCCGGAGCGGUUCGAGGACGGCAGUGCCGAGGGCCGGCUCCUGAUGCCAUUCGGGAUGGGACGGCGCAAGUGUCCCGGGGAGACGCUCGCGCUUCGGACCAUCGGGCUGGUGCUCGGCACGCUGAUCCAGUGCUUCGACUGGGACAGGGUCGACGGCGUCGAGGUUGACAUGACCGAGAGCGGCGGGCUGACCAUCCCCAGGGCCCUCCCAUUGGAGGCCAUGUGCAAGCCUCGUGCAGUUAUGCGUGAUGUUCUUCAGGAGCUCUGAGUGAAUGACUUCUUGGGAUCGUUGAAUUUUCCAUGGGAGAGGGUUAUCAGCAUUGAGUAGUAGUAUGGCUUUUUUCCUUUUUUAAAAAAAAAAUCGGGUAGUAGUACGCUUGGUUGAUAGUGUGUGCUGCAUUAAAUAAGAUUGUGAGCAUGGUCGCGUGCGUUAUCUUCUGUAAAUUAUGUGGAGGGGUUUGUAUGAACAACUAGCAGUUGUUUGAGAGUAGGUAGUGUAGCAAUCAGUGAUGUUACGCAGACUGCGGUGUAUGAUUACUCUACAGCGAGUAUUUUAAUUGUCUCUUUUCUUAUGUA